AUGGUUUUCGUUACCCACUGGAUUAGUUUGUUUACCUUUGCGAGUAUUGCAGAAUAUUUAUGGCCAACUACAGAUAACAAAUGCGAAGAAAGUAUUGAAAACGACGCCCGUAAAAAAGAUAGAGAGCUGCAAAGACAGAAUGAAAGCGCGUCCAUAAUUCAACGGGCGUGGUGGAAACUCAAGUCAAAACUAAUGCGCAAAAGAAAAGAACUUGAAUUCAAGAAUGAAAGCGCGUCCAUAAUUCAGCGGGCGUGGUGGAAAUUCAAGUCAAAACUAAUGCGCAAAAGAGAAGAACUUGAAUUCAAGAAUAAAUGCGCCGAGAGAAUCCAAAAGGCAUUUCGCCGUCGUAAACUUAAAAUAGAAAGACGAGAAGAGCUCAAACUCAAGAUCAGAGCAGUUGGAUUGUUACAGAAAGCUUGGAGGGAACGCCGAACCAAACGAAGGAUGUGUAGAAAAAGAAAAGGUGAGAAGACUUCCAUGUAUCCUGACAAAAUUCCUCGAGUAGAAAGUCUUUGGAGUGUUGAUGAUCGUGAUUUUAAGUACCUGGUGAAGGUUCAAAAACUUGGGGAAGGAGGGUUUGGCGAGCUCACAGAAACAGCCCUAGCGCUGGAGCUUGUUACCGGCGGUGAUUUAGCUGGAGUUCUCAAAGCGGAGGGAGGAAGAGUGAGUGAACAACGCGCCAGGUGUUACGCAGUCGAUAUCGGUCAGGGAUUGAAAUAUUUGUAUUCGAAAAACGUCAUCCACAGAGAUAUAAAACCGGCAAAUAUCCUGGUAACCUCAAAUGGCCACCUUAAACUGUCAGACUUCGGUCUGAGCGAAGUUGUCGCCUUUACAGUGACUGGCACAUGUGGAACUUUUGCAUAUAUGGCUCCUGAGAUGAUAAUAGGAGAGCCAUAUACUUAUUCCGUUGACUGGUGGUCCUUCGGUGUCACUUUAUUCCAGAUGCUAACUGGUCAGCUACCAUUUUAUGAUGACGAAGAGAGAAAUUUGUUUGAAAACAUCGUGUAUACGACCCCUGACAUCCCCGAUUGGCUGGGGACUGAGGCCAGAGAUUGUCUUUUAAAGCUUCUCCGAAAAUGCCCAGCUGUUAGGCUUGGUGUUUACAAUUACCAUUUGCAUCCGUUCUUCAGCGGAAAAGAACCCUUAGCAAUUACAUGUGGUUCAUCGGCGCCAAAUGCGACAGCAGAGAAUAAGAUUAACCCUAUGUCUGGAUUUUCCUUUCUCCUAUCAGACGAAGAAGAUGUCUUCAUGGCGGAUGACACCUCUUCAGAUUGAUUAUAAAUGGUUUCGGAUUUCCCAAACCUUUGUCAAAGUAGAUGUGCAGUUAUCAAAAUAUUAAACUGCAGCUAAAUAAAA